AUGGCCGCCGUUCCUCCUUUCUUCACUGUACACGACGACAUGGUCAUCUGUGGCAUUGACAAUGUCACCCUCUUCCAAGGACGCACAGUAGCCGAGAGAAUUGCUUAUGAAAUAUUCUCGGACGAUUUCACCACAACAAUGGACAGCACCAUUGACGAACUAAGCGAAGAGUUCAAGACCCUUGCAGGAUUGACGAUUGCGCAAGGACAGAUACGCUUAAUGCCAGCUAUCAAAAAGAACAUCCGCGCAUUCAUCCAAUGGUGCAGAGACGAGAUUCGCAUGGGACGAGACCCUACCACAACGCCAUUUCCCGUCGUUGAUGCAGCCAAACUGCUCAGACGCAUGAAAACACACGAACAAUACGUGUAUGGCUCCAAGUUGAUGUCGCAACAAGCACUACCGCAAGAUUUCACCAACGACGUCCAAUGGGAAGAUUGGUGCCCAACGUUCGAAAAUUACCUUCGCACCAUACCAGGAAGAGACGGUGUGCCACUGAGCUACAUUGUGAGAAUGAACGAUGCAGGAAUGCUCACCCUGCACGAAGAUUUCUUGGAAACCUACAUCAACAUGGCACCACACGUUGGCGAAGCAUACGUCAUGGAUAACGCCAAAGUCCUAGUCCUUCUCAGCAAGUUUAUCGUGGGGAAUACCGAAGCUGAAGCGACUCUCCAAGCCAUCAACAUUGCAGGCAAUGGAAGAGAAGCAUUCAACGCACUACGUACCCACUACGAAGGCGAAGGAAUCCUAGCCAGCGACAUUGUCGAAGCUGAACACACCAUCAAAGAACUGUGUUGCGUUGGCGAAAAACCAAAAAUGAACGGGUCCAUGUUUGAACGAAUGCUAAAGAAAGCGUAUGCAACAUGCGACAAACAUGAGGGGAGAGAAGUCCAUUCAGACGCAAUGAAACUGCGUAGCCUACAAAACAAGGUUACAGCACCAUUUCUACAACUGAACAAGACGGCAAUCGA